AUGGAGGCCGAAGUCGAGGAGGCGAGGGUAGGGGAUGGUCUCAGGUCUCUCCGGAUUGAUCCCGUCGACGCGGAGGGGGAAAGUGGCGUUAUGGAUGCGGGGAAUGGGGACGAAGGGGAAGAGGAGGAGGAAGGAGAAGAAGAAGAGGAUGAAGAGGAUGAGGAGGACGAGGACGAGGAUGAGGAGUCCGUUACAACGCUUGGAUUUCUGGAGGACCCGGAGAAUUCUGAGACCCUCCUCCGGCACUUCUUCCCGAGCAAAGCCGGAGGCGUGCCCGUGCGACUCAAACCCCAGAGAUCUGGCUUCUGCUGUUGUCUAUAUUUUGAGUAUUUUCUGUAGCUGAUGGAGUUUAUAUUAUAAUUGAUCUCAGGCGUGGUUGGAUCCAGUGAACUUGCCGUCGGAGCAGUCCAGGAAGUGUGGGUUCUGUGGUGAGCCUCUGCAAUUCCUUCUUCAGGUCAGCCGUCUGACUGCCAAACUCACCUAUUGAAACUCAUGAGUGUUUCUUUACUCAGGUCCUCGUUUCACGUGGGAUACAAUCAUAUUUCUUCGUAUUUAUGUGCGUUAGGUUUAUGCUCCAAUAUCCGAGGAGGAAGCUACCUUCCACAGGACAUUGUACGUGUUCAUGUGCUCGUCUAUGAAAUGUCUUCUCCAAGACCAGCAUGAGCAGUGGAAGCGCAGAGUGGAUAAUCCUUCUAGAAGGUGCCCACUACCCUUCUACACUCAUGAGCCGUCUAACCCUUAAAGUGCACUUCUCUAACUGAGUUCAAUCUACUUCGACCUCUGACGCAUGUAAAUGAUGCAUGAAGUGUGAAGGUCUUCCGUUGCCAGCUACCACGUUCUAAUCCCUUCUACUCUAGUGAGCCUCCAUUGUACGAUGGCUCUGACAAGCCAUCGGGAGCUGGAGGUAACUAUGUCUUCAUUUUGUUCUCAAGACUGUGUCCAUUUAUUCCGAGCAUAUAUACACACGAUAUCAUGAAAAUUCUCCAGAAAUCGUUACAUCAUUGAUUAAUCCUUUUUCUCAGUAUCUUUUAACUAUGCACUUGAUUUUUCUAGUUUCUUCUUUUGGCACUUCACCAUUUUUCCAGACAAAGCUCAAGGAUAUUUCAUCCUACAUUCUUCACACCUCAUUUAUUUGAUAUUGUUUCCAUUAUUUUGGUUCAAUUGAAAUUCUCAGUUUCAGUUGGCAUCCACCUCUGUGCACCUUUUCUUGUCAGCUCACCUUUGAUUCUCCUUUCUUUGGGUUUGUUUGAUAGUGCAUACUAUCGCAUGGGUACUGUUCGAUAAUCUCAGUAAGCCACUUUAGAAGAGGAGAAAAAUAGAAAUGCCUUUGUGGAUCCCUGCUUCCUGCAUUCCUAAUUCAACAGUGUUCUUUACAUGAUUUUUUUGUUGAUGCUGUCAGCCCCACUUUGUUGCUGGUGUGGCACGUGGAAAGGUGACAAACUAUGCAGUAGUUGCAGGAGAGCACGUUAUUGCUCGGAAAGACAUCAGGUAAUCUUCUGAGAACCUAAGUAAACAGCAGUAAUUAACUUUCUCUGCUGGAAAAUAUUAAUGCUUCCCCUUUUCCUCCAGACUUUGCACUGGCGUUCAGGGCAUAAAAGUGACUGUCGUCAGUCUAUUUCUUCUCAAACCAGUGACUCUAUGCUGAAUUGUAAAAAAGAAGAAUUGGCAGAAACACAUAAAUGUUAGUGUCAAUUCUUCCUUUGUCGGGCUGGCUCAUACUUUAAAUGUCUCUAAACUGAUUCGCUUGAGGUUGACAGUUGCCUGUAGGACGUUGUGGCCAGAAUAUGAGAUCAUCAAUGAGGAUGAGUGUGUACAAGAUGAGAAGAUGACUGUGGAUAAUGGAUCAAAUCUCUCGUUAGUAGCCAAAUCGGAUGACACAAGCAAAGCAUUUCAAUCAUGGUUUGACAAGUUUGAGGUGCAGUGCCGUUUAUAUAUGUGUAUACAUUUAUAUUCCAUUCUGUCUUUGUAUAUUUUUCCUGAAUCGGUCUCUAAUUGGUUCAGGUAAAUGAUGAUAAGAAAAGUUGGGCAUCAUUCCAAGAACGAAUUGCUAAUGCUCCCGAACAAGUCCUACGGUAAGUUUUGUUCCUUGUGCAUGUUAAAUAUUUUUUGCAUCAACUUUAUUUUGUGUUGCUGUUGGAAAAGUUGGGCAUCAUUCUGUCCCUUUGCGCGUUCAUGUGUGCACUUGCAUGGAUGUAGAGAUUGUCUUUUCUCUAGCCAAGUGAACGUUUACAAUAUUUUAAUGAUCAUCAGCAUAGUCACUUAUUUUGGAAACAUUAGUUAUCUUUAAUUGGGCUGUGGAAGGUGGGACUAGUUCUAUUGAAUUACGCUCUGUGUGUCUAAUGUUCAGAAACAAGGAGGAAAGCCCAUUAAAGUAGGUUAUAAUACCAGUUUAUGUUGUGAACUCAUUUAUCUUUGCUUCAUGUGACCAUACACUAAUUGUAGUUGGUUCAUUCUCUUCACUCUUUUUAACAUCAGAGAUUCCUAUUGUGCUGACAGUAGAGGUACAGAAGUUUGAAUCCCUCAUAGUUUUCGUCUUUAAUAGAAAAGCCAACUUAUCUUAAGAUUUUACCUGGCGACUUCAUGUAAUGUUUUGCCGACAUUAAUAAGCUUGCCAUUUCUUAAUUUGAGAAAACCGACCAUGAUAAUUCCCCGUCAUGAAUUACAACAGAUAUAGCCGGGAUGUGAGGGCAAAACCCUUAUGGCCCUUGUCUGCAGGCAGGCCAUCUAAAGCAGAUAUUCCUAAAUGCAACUAUUGUGGUGGCCCAUUAUGCUAUGAAUUCCAGGUGUGACGAUCUCCCUUUCUACGUUCUCUUUCAAGUUUCUCUUCAUAUAUUAUCGUACAGUCAGUUUUGCUGAACACCACUUCCGGUUGUUUAGCUAUAUUUAUUCAUGUUUCUGAUUUCUAAUAGUAUUUUUCUGGCUGUUUGUUCGUCACCGUGUAUUAAAACUGUUAUUCUGUUGUCUUGCAGAUAUUACCACAGUUGCUUUACUACUUUGGCGUGAAAAAUGAUCCUGACUCUCUUGACUGGGCAACCAUUUCUGUAUUCACGUGCAUGGCUUCAUGUGAAGCAGGGAUUGGCUACAAGGAGGAAUUUGCAUGGGUUCAACUAUCCACACCAUCCGCCAGUAUUUAA